AUGAAGCCAGGAGAAAAGGUUCAUGAGGCAUUGGAUAUCUUCUGGGAUAAGCCAGGUCUUUACAAAAGAAUGGGUGGCCUGAAACAAGGUGUACCAUACUGUGGCUCAGCUCAAGGGGGGUGCCUGCUAUGGGGGGAUCGAGUGGUGAUCCCGGAGAAAUUGAGGAAAAAGGUAUUGGAUCUCCUUCACGAAGGCCACCCAGGGAUCGUGAGGAUGAAGGGUCUAGCGAGAAGCUAUGUGUGGUGGCCCCAAAUGGACUCGGAAAUUGCUGAAAGGGUAGGGAAAUGCCAGGCCUGCCAGGAAUCCAGACCGCUACCCCCAACGGCCCCGAUUCGGGAAUGGGAGAGACCCCAGGGCCCUUGGUCUAGGAUCCAUAUCGAUUUUGCCGGUCCCUUUCACGGCCAAACCUUUCUGGUAGUAGUCGAUGCCUACUCCAAAUGGCUGGAAAUCAUUCUCAUGAGAUCCAUGACAGCCGAGGCCGUGAUUUCAGUCCUACGGCACCUAUUCGUAACGCACGGGCUGCCCGACACGUUAGUCUCUGAUAAUGGCCCGCAAUUCACGGCAACCCAGUUUGAAGGAUAUUUGGCAGAAGAGGGCAUCCGGCAUGUCCUCUCGGCGCCUUUCCACCCUGCGACGAAUGGCCUUGCAGAACGUUCCGUUCGGAGCGCAAAAGAAGCAUUGUCCAGAAUCAGGCCAGGCGACUGGCAAACAAAAAUCGAUACCUUCCUGGCCGUCCAACACAGAACCCCCUGUGUCACAACUGGCAGAAGCCCGGCAGAGCUAUUAAUGGGUCGGAAGCUCAGGUGCCCACUAGACCGUUUAAACCCAAACUACACACCAGACGGUUACAAAGGGGUACAGGGUAAAACAAGAGGGAUGGCAGUAGGCGACCUAGUGUGGGCACACAACUACAGCGAGGGUCCGACCUGGGUAACAGGAAAAAUCCUAGAGAUAACAGGACCAAAAUCAUAUCAGCACUGCCACUUCCAUGGCUUAAGAAUCAUCCUUGAAUAA